AUGACAACAAAGACAACUCACGCUUCUGAGAUUCCCCCCAAUCCUCACUCAGAAAAGCAUCAGAUUAAUCUUAUCCGCGGUUGGCCGAACCCAGGUCUUCUUCCAGUCGAUCUACUCUCAGCAGCUGCACAGCGUAAUCUCUCUGACCCCGAUAUCUAUGUACCCGCGCUACAGUACGGUCCUGACCCAGGUUACCAACCACUUCGUGAAGCAUUAGCGAGCUGGUUAUCUGAGCACUACCGUGUCGAGCGCGAUCCCAAUCGCAUCUGUAUUUCAGGUGGCGCAAGUCAGAAUUUAGCAUGCAUCCUGCAGAGCUUCACUGAUCCUCAUGUAACUCAAGCCGUCUGGUGCAUCUCGCCAUCAUAUCACCUAGUUUUCCAAGUCUUCCAGGAUAAUGGAUUCAAUGGAAGGCUGAGAGCUACUCCUGAAGAUGAUGAAGGUGUUGAUAUUGAAGCAUUGGAGGCUAAACUUGCCGACUUCGAGAAGAAUGCGUCAGAGUCCAAGCCACCCCUAAGCGAUGCUGGGAAAUACUGCAAACACUAUCGGCACAUUAUCUACGCUGUUCCGACGUGCUCAAACCCUUCUGGCAAAACCAUGUCUCUACGCCGACGGGAAGCACUUGUCCGCCUUGCUCGCAAAUAUGACGCUCUCAUCAUCUGCGAUGACGUUUAUGACUUUCUUCAGUGGCGCAUUGAUAGCGAUCCCAAUCAGCUAUCUGCUCGUUUGAACGCUAAUGAGCACACUGAGAUGCUGCUCCCUCGACUGUGCGAUAUUGACCUCGCCAUGGGUCAAGCUGAGAAUGACCCCCAAGGUUUUGGCCACGCCGUUAGUAAUGGAUCAUUUAGUAAGCUUGCCGGGCCGGGAAUGCGAACCGGCUGGCUUGAAGGCUCAGCUGCAUUUGCCUAUGGCCUCUCACAGACGGGUGCGACCAAAUCUGGUGGUUCACCAAGUCAGUUUUGUGCAUCUAUUAUGGCGGACUUGGUACAGUCUGGGGCUUUACAAGAGCGACUUGCCACGACGCUACGACCCCAGCUUCAACAACGCCAUCGUAUCAUGAUGGAAGCAAUCCACAAGCAUCUAGGACCCAUAGGCGUCGGCAUUCGGGACGCCGGUCUACCUGAUGGUACUGUUUACGGUGGCUACUUUGUUUGGCUCACAUUGGAACAGGGCAUUUCAGCCAAGACUGUUUCCGGAGCUGCGAUAGCCGAAGAGAACUUGGUGGUUGGUAACGGUACUAUGUUCCAAGUGCCAGGGGAUGAGAAGACUGUCGACCUGGAUAACGCAGUCCGACUAACAUUUGCAUAUGUCUCCAAGGAAGACUUGACUGAAGGCGUCGAGAGGUUAGCAAGUGUAUUGCGAAGGAUAAAAGAGAAUCCCACCAAGUACAAAACGUUCGCCAGCACGACCGUUGAUAGCGACAUCAUAAAUGCCAACAAAUAG